CUCUUCGGCACAUUGACAAAAGACGCGGCUGGUUAUCAGAUAUAUAACAGGCAGGGACAACAGUACGUACAGUUUAAGGCGAGGUUCAGAACGUCUGCCGAUAGGAAAGAAUAUAUAGAAUUUGAAGACGGCUCUAUAUUCCCUCUUCAAGAUCGUUACGGUGGACAGAGUUAUGUCUCGGAAUCUACAGAGGCUCGCGACAGUCGGUUCCUCAAAAUAGAAGGCCAACUACUUAUCACUCCAGACAGUAAAGGUUACAUUGUGCUGAAAGAUGGUCGUAGGUUCCCUCUUCAGGGCUCUUACACGUACACCGAAGAAAGAAGAUAUACUUUGCGCGGUCCACACGAUGGCUAUCAAGAUGGCAAUGCUGAUAAUCAGAAUCAAAGGACUUACAGUCAAUCUUGGCAAGGAGAAUCUUCUGAUCGCGGUGUAACUUCAGAAGGAAGUUAUGAAACUAGGUAUAACACGCGUACACACGAGGAGAGACGAACGGAA